GAAUUAUAUGUUUGUUGACAAGGGGGAGGUGCGCGAAAUUGAGAGAGAGAGAGAGAGAGAGAGAGAGAGAGAGAGAGAGAGAGAGAGAGAGAGAGAGAGAGAGAGAGAGAGAGAGAGAGAGAGAGAGAGACAGAGAGAGAGAGCGAGAGAGAGAGAGAGAGGGAGAAGAGAGACAAGCGCGAAAAAAAUGAGUCUACAAUUAUGGCGGAAGCAUGAGCAACAGCGGAAAAAGCUCAAUACCAUGUUAGAGUAGGGGGAAAAGUUGUGUCUAGGAA